AUGGCUUCCUUCGAAGACGACCCAGUCGUUUCUUCCUACGAUGUCUACCUUACCGACUCUGAAAUCUCUCGCUAUGUUUUCCAGUACAUUGAUCGACCCCAAAAUAAACCGUACAACGAACGAAAGGGCCAAAAGCCAGUCGAGCUUCGAAUGAAACCAAACACGGGCCUCGUCGAGAUCGAUGUCCCAAUCAACACUCGCGUUACCUACGACAUGGAGAAGGGCCUGAAAUAUGGCGAUGCGAUGAAGAAGAGCCGCUCAGCCCGCGACGGUGGAUCCUUCGGCAUGUCAGGUGGCUUCAGUGGCGGCAGCUUGGCUACUGGAGGGCUCAGAGUCAAGAAUGAAAACGAUGUCGAAGUGUUUGAUAAGAAGAAGAUGAUGGUGGAUGGCAGUUCGGUAGUCAGGACACAAGCCCUUGGUGGGCGAAUUAAGCCUGCAGAGGAGGGAGAUCCUGUUCAUAUGCUGGGAACUUUCAAAGGAAAAAAUCUGCACCUCUCACCGGUCACAGCAGUGGUUCAAUUACAUCCCCAACUCCACCAUAUUGAUGCCAUGGACGAAUUGCCUAAAGCGCGAGGUGCCAAGGGCAAAAAGGAUGAAGAAGAGCGCGCGGAGCCCGAGGCUCGUGCUAUCGACGUCAAAGUCAAGGGCGCUGAAGAUGGUGGUGCUACGCUUGUUGGAAACUUGGAUCUUCUCAAGAGAAUGCAAGAAGAGAAGUGGAAGACCCUGGAUUGGGUGGAUGCAGAGACUGAGGAAUCUUGGUAUACUUACGAAAACUACAUGAUGAACCAAAACCCAGAAGACCUUCCCCAACUUGAAUCGGUGAUUAACAGUGAAGCUUAUUUGGAUGGCAUGAGUGCGCCCCGGAUUGACCCUGCACACCCCGAGAUGACGGGUUGGGCUAUGAAGCAAAACAGACAAAAGCAAAGAGAUGGGCCAUCAGAGAGUGAGGAUGAGGAAAGCUAA